GAGCCGUUAGAUGUUUUAAGCAAUUCUUUGGAUCUUGGCGAUAUAUGCUCACAUUGAAGAAAAUAAACUUAUGGAUGAAAAUCUGUAGAAAAUAAUUAAAUAUGGCUUCUGACCAGGCAUCUCUUAAAGCGCUUGAGAACUUAAUGACAGAGUUCUUCGAUGGAGGGACAUCAAAUGAAAGAAAAAGAAAUAUAGAGGAAAUUCUAAAUAAUUUCACACAAACCAGAGAUGCCUGGCAACAUUGUUUAUAUUACCUGGCAAACACUCACAAUGAAUACGUCAUGAUGUUCUGUAUGACAGCAAUAGAGAGUUUGAUCAAUAAACAGUGGGUCAGUUUUAAUGGUCAGCACAAGUUAGAAAUCCGCUCCACCUUGAAUCGUUUCCUGCUGGACCACCAUAACAGAGUUCCAACAUACAUCAGGAACAAACUAGUCAAAUUAGUGGUGGACAUCGGCAGAAUAGACUGGCCACAUUUCUAUCCAGACUUCUUCUCCAGUAUUUUACAGCUUGCUCAACAGCCAGAGACUGCUGUUCUAGGGCUCAUUCUGCUGCACACAGCCUCAGAGGAGCUUGCUUCACCAAGGGAAGAUCUGAGCAUGGCAAGAAAAGAAGAACUGCACCGUCUUUUGCUUGGACAAGUCCCAACAAUUCUAAGCUUGAUCAACAAUAUAUUGGAAUCAGUGUUAGAGAAGCAUCGUCACUUGGUGGCUGCCACACCACCGCCAUCUCCCACCUCAGGAGAAGAUGGAUCCACCCGUCGAAGAUCCUCAUCAGUAAUGUUGUUUAGUUCUCCCCUGGAAUCUAAUGACACUGGUAAUGUGCUCAGCAACAUGUUUAAAUCUCCUAGCAGCCGGAUUCCCCUGGAAGCAUUACCUCCCUUGGACGUUGAAUCCCAGAAUCUGUGUAGUCUAGCUUUGAAAUGUUUAGCUCAAUACUUCAGCUGGAUUCCCUUAUCAUCAAUGAUAACACCUUCCUUACUAAGUACUGUGUUUCAUUUUGCUGGAUUUGGAUGUGAAGUGAGGAGAUCCAGUUCAAAUGUCAGUGCUAACUUCAGCACUAAUACGUACGUUCUAGGAAAUCUAGCAAUGAACUGUAUCAAUGAACUCCUAUCCAAAAAUUGUGUUCCUUUAGAAUUUGAAGACUAUCUCCUUCAAAUGUUUCAACAGACAUUUUACUUGCUUCAAAAAAUGACCAAAGAAAGUAGAACAAAUUCAACAGGAAAUAGAUUGUCAGAAAUAGAUGAAAGCUAUGUGGAAAAGUUUACUGACUUUCUAAAAUUGUUUGUUGGUAUACAUUUAAAGAGAUUUGAAUCAAAUCCACAUUUCCCGGUGCUAGAGUUUUUGGCGCUGUUGUUGAAGUACACUUUCAGACAGCCCACAAAUGAGGGAUUUUAUAACUGUCUGGAUACAUGGAACACAUUCCUGGAUUAUCUGGAUGACAAAUUAAAGGAGAGAUCCACGGACAGCUCAGCCAUUGUAGCAAGGUACCAAGAAGCCCUAUUAUCCCUGGUGUCAAACAUGCUACACAAACUACAGUUCCGAUAUAAUCAGUCACAACUAGAGGAACUGGAUGAUGAGGUCCUAGAUGAUGACAAUGAAACAGAGUGGCAAAGCUUCUUGUGUCAGAGUUUAGAAAUUGUUGCUAAAGUAGCAGAAAUCUACACAGCAGAGACAUUCAGAAUAUUGUAUGAACCAUUUAGUGAGCAUCUAGAUAUCUAUCUUGGUCUGGAUCAGUUUGUGAGGAAUAAUGCACAAGGCAGACAUUUAACAAUAACAGCAGAAAACGAAUGUCGUAAACUACACUGCUCCUUACGGGAUCUGUCCUCACUGCUUCAAGCUCUCGGAAGAUUGGCUGAACAUUUUAUAGGAGAGAAAUUCUUGGAGCGAUUCAGUGAUGGCACCAUGCUCUUAGAAAGAUUAGUGAAUACAGUUGUUUAUGGCUCCAAGUCACAACUGUUCAGUGUAACAUCGACUAUACAGAAUGUUCUUCAUACAGAUUUUGUUGGAGUACAUGCUCAAGCCAUAGCUUCAGUGAAGGCCUUUGCUCACUGGUUGUCCCAGUUUUAUAGUGAAACACAGAAAGUCAACUUGAACAGAGAUAAAUUUGUAUCUUUGAUAUCUACACUUCUGGAUUCUAUUGUUCCAAUGUUCUCAAAAGAGAUACCAGAGAAAAUUGUGCAUUCCAGUGCUCACUUAUUACUGUCCAUAACCACUACUGUCCGGCCCAAGUUCCUGUUACAUCUGUCCAGUACACAAACACUCUGUAAACGAGCUAGUCAAGGAGCAUAUGACAGGCUGACUGUUGAAGUGCAGUUGUUGGUGUACCGAGCCUUAUCACACAGUCUUAUCCUACCCUGGCCAAAUGAGUGUGAUGAAGAUCAGAACUGGGCCAGCCGAGCUGCGGAUCACCAAGCUUUUGUUAGACAGCUAGCCAGACAUUUCCUACAGCUGAAGGACACUAGGGCCCUAACAGCAAACAAAGGCUUGCAGGAAGAGGGUAAAUCUGUAAUUAAAAGGACGUUGCAGAUCUUUGAGGAUUGGAUUGAGAAUGUUGCUGGAGAGGUUGUGAAAAGUAAACAGAUCUGUUACCAGUCAUUACAGGGAGUUAUUGAUGUAGCCCUGACUGUAUUUCCUGUCUAUCUGCAUCAGCCAGAUGUGGUAGACUCCUUGAUGAGUUUCUUCCUAGCACUGUUCCAAGGGCUUAGGGUUCAGAUGGGUGUGGUCUUUGCAGAGCAAACAAUACAGACCUUUAUGACCCUCUUUACACAAGAGCAGAUAGCGGAAAGUAUCUGUCAUGAAAGCACUGCUGCCCAUAGAGUGGUAGAGAAGUUUCUAAAGAUUUUAGAACUUAUUGUACAAGAGCCUGGGUCAGCAUUCAAAGCAUUCUUACCAAAUGUGAUAUCGAUAUGUAUGGAUCAGAUUUAUCCAAUAAUAGCACAGCGUCCAUCACCUGACAUUAAAAUAAGUCUGUAUAGAUUAGUCCAUGAGUUAAUGAUGAACAACUGGAGAUAUUUCUUCAAGGGGAAUGUACUGAAGACAUUAAAUGUACAGCAUACUCCUCAGAAUGGAAAUGGGGAGAUUCAGAAUGCACAGGAGUUUACUGCCAUUAUGCAGUCAUAUGGCCAGUCAUUCCUUCAACCAGACCUUGCCGUAUUUAAACAGAAUUUGGAAUCUUUAGAAACUCUCAACACAAAAUGGAAACUCUACCACAAAUCAAUAUUCAGAGAAGGAAUGCUUCUACAGUUUUUGCAUGUUCUUGUGCAAGUGUUGGUGCAAAAAUCUCAUGAUUUACUUCACGAGGAGAUAGUAGUGACAGUGUACAAUAUGGCUGCUGUAGACUUUAACCGGUUCUAUGCCGAAUUUUUACCCCAAUUUCUGUCCUCAUGUGAGGGUCUGGAUGCCAACCAAAAAAGUAUACUAGCGACCAAUUUCAAAGCAGAAAAGGAUUUGCCGUCCUUUACUCAGAGUGUUCAUCGGUUUGUGAAUGAUUUGAGAUAUUACAGACUUAUUAACAGUAGUCUCCCUGCAGGAUCUGUCACAUUCUGAUUUUUGUGUAGAUUUGUUGACACCACAAGCCUGAAGUCUUUACCAGUGAACAACACAAUGAAAAAAAGAUGUUGAUAAAAGAAAGUUUUGAUUGUGAAAGGACAUUGCAUCCUAAAAUUCAAAACCAGGCAUCAUAAAAGUGGUAAAGGAUUGAGGAGAUUUUGAAAAAUAAAAAUGUUUUGUUAUUUUUACUUUG